AUGUCUUGUGCGCUGCGACUACCGACAAUACGUUUAGUUGCAAAACAGGCAAAUGUUGAACUUUCAGCAACAUCGUCGUUGAAUAUUGGCCCCCUAGACGGUGCACGAAAUAUCGAAAACGCCAAAGAUCUCCUAUCAGCAGUCAAAAAUUCCCAUCUAUGGAUUUCUCGCUCUGGGGCUUGUUGCAUUGAGGUGUCCUUCGCAAUCGACGGUUGUCCUAUCUUAGAGCGUGUUCAUCUUGAGGGUCUCGCCGACAUAAUCAGUAACUCCGAAAUUUGGGAUCGCCUGGGUGUCCAUCUAGAGUACAACAGAUCACUAGCGACCUCGCUGCCUGGUCUUUUGUCCUUCUCGGUUCAACAUUCGGAUCUCUCAUCAGCUCUCGUUGCUCCAGCAUCGGCAUGGACGGCUUCAUUUCGAAGUUUGCUGUUAGCAAUCGAUGUUCGCCGAAUUGACGAGCGGCAAGAGCCACCCAAGAAGGCUUCCCGAACACGUAAACGACAGAAAAGGAUGACCAGCGCGGGAGAAAAGGCCGAGUUGCGCUCAGAAAGUGACUUGUUGGAGAGUUUGGGGCCAACCGACCAAGAUGCUAUCGAUGCCUUUAUGUCCAGCCUGAACUAUCCAUCAAACUGCGGCAAGAGGAAACUUGCGAAAUCAAAUAGCGGAAUAGAGAGUGCUGCUUACGUAGAAGUACUGGAAGGUCUGCACUCAUUGUCCUUACUGGACAUCCUCCUCGAACAAUUGACCCUGGCUACAGAGAAAACAUACAAAAGCUGUCGGGUCUGGGGCUGUGGGCCUGACUACUGUCUUACGAAACUGGCGCCUGGUGUUUUCCACGUACCAUUUCUCAAGAGUGUAUCAGAUCGCGCUCAGCUACUGCCAGUCAUCGCCGUGUCUCUCGCACGCAUGGUGCAUGCCGAGUCUCCCGCAAUCAGACAAAAGGUGGUUGCCCUACGACCAAGUAAUGGGACUAUUUCCAGCUCGCACAACGAAUUAGGAGAUUAUACGAGUGGCAUAGAAAAGAGAGCUUGGGAAGUUCUUCUUGCCCAUGUUCAAGUGCCCUCGCUUGUCAAAAAGAGGAGAGGCAAAAGACCAAUGCUUCCUACUGCGAUCCCAUGCACGAAAAGUCCAGAAACACUCAUCACAAACGAACAGCUAGACAUGACACCAGGAAACGACUUGCCACAAACUCGUGCCUCCGUCAAGCAGGAAGACCAGGAGAGCACAGUAAUGAGUGUGCGCUGGGACGCUAUAGCUGGUUCACAAACCUGCCUACAGUACGGGCAUGCAGAAGGGGACCCAUGCGACUUCCAGACUCUGGACCAGUGGCUCAGUUGCGAUAACAAGACAUAA